GGGGAGGGGCCCAGCCCCUUGUCUCCUUAGCUCCUCUCCCUCAUUCCGCCCGGGGAGGAGCGGGGCCAGCAGCCGCCUCCACCGCCGCCUUGUCUCCACGCUCGUCCAGCCUCCCUCCGCGCUCCUUAAACUCCAGCGCCCGGUCCCGUCCCGUCCCGUCCCGUCCCGUCCCGUCCCGUCCCGUCCCGUCCCAUCCUGUCCGGCGUCCCGUCUCAUCCUGUCUCUCGCGGGGUACAGGGGGCUUCCUUCUCGCCCUCUCCGCAGCAGUCCCGCGGAGCCCUCCCCACGCUGUCCCCUACUCCCGGGCUGAGCUCCUCGGGCAGUCUGUCUGUCAGCCCGUCCGCCCGUCCGCCUGCGCCCGUUCUCCCGCCGCUCGCUCGCGUGGCUCCUUUGUGUGCGGCGGCGGCGGCUCCCGCUCCCGCCCGGCUAGGGCUCCCACCCUUCAGCCCCCCGGUCCCGCAGCCCCCGGGCGCCCCAGAGGGUGGAUCUAUUAGCCGCCCGGCAGGCAGGCAGGAGAGGCGGCCACCCCUCACCCUUUUCCCAGAGGGGCCCGGGCCCCGGCCCCCGGCAUGGAUGUGAGAUUCUACCCCGCGGCGGCCGGGGACCCAGCCGGCCUGGACUUCGCGCAGUGCCUGGGCUACUACGCCUACAGCAAGUUUGGAAACAAUAACAACUACAUGAAUAUGACUGAAGCAAAUAAUGCCUUCCUUGCUGCCACGUGAGCAGACAUUCCAUACUCCAAGCCUUGGGGAUGAAGAGUUUGAAAUUCCACCAAUCACUCCACCUCCAGAGUCAGACCCUACCUUGGGAAUGUCAGAUGUACUGUUACCCUUUCAAGGCCUCAGUGAUCCACUUCCUGCACAAGGAAAUGAAUUUACACCUCAGUUUCCUCCUCAAAGCUUGGAUCUUCCUUCUAUUACAAUAUCAAGAAACCUCGUGGAACAGGAUGGUGUAAUCCAUGGCAGUGGAUUGCAUAUGGAUCAUGGUCACACACAAGUGUCCUCAUAUCGUCAAGAUCACUCCUUGAUCAUGAGGUCAAUUGUCCAUAUGACGGAUGCUGCUCGUUCUGGAAUUAUGCCUGCUGCCCAGCUCACGACCAUUAACCAAUCUCAGCUCAGUGCUCAGCUGGGAUUAAAUCUAGGGGGUGCCGCUAUGACUCACACAUCUCCUUCACCUCCUGCAAGCAAAUCAGCAACUCCUUCCCCAUCAAGCUCUAUCAAUGAAGAGGAUGCAGAUGAGUCAAAUAGAGCCAUUGGAGAGAAAAGAGCUGCUCCAGAUUCUGGCAAGAAGCCCAAAACUCCAAAGAAAAAGAAAAAGAAAGAUCCCAAUGAGCCACAGAAACCAGUGUCAGCAUAUGCCCUAUUCUUCAGAGACACACAAGCUGCAAUUAAAGGUCAAAACCCCAAUGCAACCUUUGGAGAGGUCUCAAAAAUAGUAGCAUCAAUGUGGGACAGCUUGGGUGAAGAACAAAAGCAGGUAUAUAAAAGAAAAACUGAGGCUGCCAAGAAAGAAUACCUAAAGGCACUCGCUGCUUAUCGAGCGAGUCUCGUUUCCAAGGCUGCUGCAGAAUCGGCCGAAGCACAGACAAUUCGUUCUGUACAGCAGACUCUGGCAUCUACUAAUUUAUCAUCCUCCCUUCUCCUGAAUACUCCUCUUUCUCAACAUGCACCAGUGUCAGCAUCUCCUCAGACUCUUCAACAGUCACUUCCCAGAGCAAUUGCUCCUAACCCCCUAACCAUGAGACUGCCAAUGAAUCAGAUCGUAGCUUCCGUUACCAUUGCGGCCAACAUGCCAACAAACAUUGCAGCGCCAUUAAUUAGCUCGAUGGGAACAACCAUGGUUGCCACACCAUCUUCAACUCAAGUGAGCCCCUCAGUGCAAACCCAGCAGCAUCAGAUACAGUUGCAGCAGCAGCAGAUGCAGCAGAUGCAACAGCAACAAUUGCAUCAGCAUCAAAUGCAUCAGCAAAUCCAACAGCAAAUGCAACAGCAGCAUUUUCAACACCACAUGCAACAACAUUUGCAACAGCAACAACACAUCCAGCAAAUCAGUCAGCAGCAAAUGCAGCAGCAGCUGCAGCACAUCCAGUUGCAACAAAUGCAGCAGCAGCAAAUGCAACACAUGCAGCACCAAUCGCAACCUUCUCCACGGCAACAUUCCCCUGUAGCUUCACAGAUAACUUCACCCAUUCCUGCCAUUGGAAGUCCCCAGCCAGCACCUCAGCAGCACCAGUCACAAAUACAGGCCCAGACACAGACUCAAGUAUUAUCACAGGUCAGUAUUUUCUGAAGAUAAAUAUUGCAAAAUUGAUUUGCAUUUAUUUGGGAGGAUGAGAUGUAAGAGUAAACCAUAUUUGGCUGAAACUGUAAAUUGUUGAUGGUGGUUAUGCAGGUGUGCAUAACAGAUCAAUGGUCCUCUGAAGUGUCUAUCAGAUAGGCAAUAAAGAACUACAAUGUAGCUGUGUAUCAUCUUUUAGCUAACUAUAAAUCAUUUGGUUUUUAAAGAAAAGAAAAGCUGUGCUCUUUCAUGUGAUGCCUUUUUAAUUUAUUCAAGCUUUACCUACAAUAUGUGAAUCCAAUGGUCUAAUAAAUAUGGGACAUUAUGGUGACUGUAGACUGGCCUUUCAGAGUUAUAUUAUAGAGUCCUUAUUUCUCGAAGAAUGAAUGAAUGAAUGCACUUCAAGGCAGUUUGAACUCGUGAAGCCCUUAAAAGCACAGUUGUAACUACCUGUAAAACGAAGACUCAAUUUCAUACAAACAUUUGUAUGACGUGAAUAGUUGAUGGCAUUUUUUGUCAUGGAGAAAAAUAAUGUAAAUCACAGACUUUUGCCAAAGCUAUUAUUUUUGUUCUUAAAACUCUUCAGAAAAGCAAAUGCGACUGAUUAAAUGUUCACUUUUAUCCAUGAUUUCCUCAAAUCAAACCACAGCAUAUGUUGUAACAAAAUAUAUAUUACCACUGUUAUCCCAUUAUGUCCAUUCUAAUUAGAAAAAAUGUGAAUAUUAUAUUCCGUGUUUUGAGUGACAAGUUUCAAAAAAUAAAAAUAAAAACACUGUAUUUUUAAAAGGGAAAUGCACUUAAAUGAAAACAGUUAUUACAAAAGUUAAGAUUUUAAAAAUGCAAGAGUUUUUUUUAUUAUGCUGUAAUACCAGUAGAAUAUUUAAAAGAAGCUCUACAUCUGAAUAAUCAUUGUAAAUAAUUUCUUUAAAUGUUGUAAGUUUUCCUAUCAUGUGUUGUAAAAUUUUCAUAAAGGAGGCUUUAAUGUAAACACUGGUAACACAAAAACCAUUCGUUGCUACGUUGCUUAUUGUGUGUUUAUGCUAUUUUAUACUUUUUUAUGAGUUGAUAGCAGCAAUUAAGUUGUUUGUAUUUUGCUUAACUAAAAAAUGCUUUUAUCUUGCUAUAGAAUAAACACAUUUCAGUA